GUCCAGGGGCCUGAUGCGAGCUUCAGGGGUGCCAAGCUUUUUAAAACCCUGUCCUGCCUAGAGCUUCAUUUAGCUACUCAAGUGUAACCGACUUCACCAAGCAGGCUGUCGCCGCCGACUUGGUAGGGUUACUAGCGGUCCUGUGCUGUCCAUUGUACAGACAACGCGUUCAUCUUUCUACAGUCUAUUCUUCUUCCGUGCCAAGGUGUCUAUUUGGAUGCAGCUACCACUUUUUUCACUAUUCUGAUACAUUAAAAAUCAGGGAACCGUCCACGUUGGAAACGAUAAACGGAUUAAACGGACAAGCUCCACUCCAAUCACAAGUACAAACGAACAUCUCACUUACUCGUUCUUUCAUAUUUUUCCUAGUUUUACAACUUUUUUCACGGCCAGUGCGCAAGCUUGGCACUGGCGCGCAAGAAACAUUUUUUUAACAUUUAUUUCCACGCUCCCUUGCGUGCCGUAACGUUCACACACUGGCCCCACUGAUUGUGGUAUAAAAAAGGGCACGGAAACCGACAACAUGAUGAGCAAUAAUACUUACUACGAGCAGCAGCAGCCGCCGCAGUACUACCAGAGUACGGACAACGGGGACGACGAAGAAGAGGAGAUGCCGGCUACAGAGAAGGACCUCGCUGAGGAUGCGCCCUGGAAGAAAAUCCAACAGAACACCUUCACCAGGUGGUGUAACGAGCACCUUAAGUGCCUCAACAAGCGGAUCAACGACCUACAGAAAGACCUGACCGACGGGCUCAAGCUCAUCGGUCUCCUGGAGGUUUUGAGCCAGAAGAAAAUGUACAGAAAGUACCACGCCAGACCUAACUUCAGACAGAUGAAACUGGAAAAUGUGUCCGUCGCGCUGGAAUUCUUGGAGAGAGAACACAUAAAGCUGGUAUCGAUAGACAGCAAGGCCAUCGUGGAUGGGAACCUGAAGCUUAUCCUGGGUCUGAUCUGGACUCUGAUCCUGCACUACUCCAUCUCAAUGCCUAUGUGGGAGGACGAGGACGAUGAGGACGCCAAGAAGCUGACCCCCAAGCAGAGGCUGCUGGGAUGGAUCCAGAACAAGGUGCCCCAGCUGCCCAUCAACAACUUUCACCGUGACUGGAGGGAUGGCAAGGCUCUGGGAGCCCUGGUUGACAACUGUGCCCCAGGCCUGUGUCCUGACUGGGAGACGUGGGAUCCUAGCCAGCCUGUGGAGAAUGCCAGGGAGGCAAUGCAGCAGGCUGACGACUGGCUCGGUGUGCCCCAGGUGAUAGCCCCUGAGGAAAUAGUGGAUCCCAAUGUGGACGAGCACUCGGUGAUGACCUACCUGUCCCAGUUUCCCAAGUCCAAGCUGAAGCCUGGCGCCCCGCUGCGCUCCAAGACUCUGCACCCUAAGAAGGCCAAGGCCUAUGGACCAGGUAUUGAUCCCAGAGGUAACAUGGUGCUGAAGCCAGCUGAGUUCAUCGUGGAGACAGUGGAGGCGGGGCUAGGGGAGGUGCUGGUCUAUGUGGAGGACUCAGAGGGACACACAGAGGAGGCCAGAGUGAUCCCCAACAAUGACAAGAACAGGACGUACUCUGUCAUCUACCUGCCCAAAGUGGAGGGCCUUCACAAGGUGAAGGUGAUGUUUGCUGGGCAGGACAUAGACAGGAGUCCCUUCGUGGUGAGUGUGUCCAAAGCCAUGGGAGACCCCAACAAGGUGCAGGCCAGAGGACCAGGACUGGAGCCUGUAGGCAACGUGGCUAACAAGCCUACCUACUUCGACAUCUACACAGCAGGUGCCGGUGCUGGAGACGUAGGUGUGAUCAUUGUGGACUCCCAGGGCAGAAGAGACACCGUGGAUAUCAUUCUGGAAAACAAGGGGGACAGUAUUUUCCGUUGCACCUAUUGCCCUAUCCUGAAGGGUCCUCAUGUUAUCUAUGUGACGUUUGCUGGGCAGCAGAUACCCAGAAGCCCUUUCACUGUCCACAUCUCAGAGGCCAGCAACCCCAACAUGUGCCGGGCCUCAGGGAGAGGUCUCCAGCCUAAGGGGGUGAGGGUGAAAGAGGUGGCCGACUUCAAGGUCUACACCAAGGGAGCCGGCAGCGGAGAGCUCAAGGUCACCGUCAAGGGGCCAAAGGGACUAGAGGAGCCUGUGAAGGUGCGUGAUGCGGGAGACGGGGUGUAUGAGUGUGACUACUACCCCAUCAUGACUGGCAAAUACACCAUCACCAUCACCUGGGGCGGACAGAUCAUCCCACGCAGCCCGUUUGAGGUGGGGGUGAGUGAGGACGUGGGGUCCCAGAAGGUGAGGGCGUGGGGGCCGGGCCUGGAGACAGGCAUGGUGGGGAAGUCAGCUGACUUUGUGGUGGAGGCCAUCGGCACAGAGGUGGGAACUCUGGGUUUCUCCAUCGAGGGCCCGUCGCAGGCUAAGAUAGAGUGUGAUGAUAAGGGCGACGGGUCAUGUGACGUACGUUACUGGCCCACGGAGCCUGGCGACUACGCUGUUCACGUCAUCUGUGACGACGAGGACAUCAAGGACAGCCCCUUUAUGGCCCACAUCCUCCUCACAGCCAAUGACGUGUUCCCUGAGAAGGUGAAGAGCUAUGGCCCAGGUCUGGAACCGAUUGGCUGCAUUGUCAACAAACCAGCAGAGUUCACCAUUGAUACAAGUAGAGCCGGCAGGGGCCAGCUGAAGAUAUACGCCCAGGAUGCAGAGGGCUUCCCCAUAGACAUCCAGAUCACAGAGAACGGAGACAGCACCUUCCUCUGUGUCUACAUUCCCACCAAGCCCAUCAAACACACCAUCAUUAUCACCUGGGGAGAGGUCAACGUCCCCAACAGUCCCUUCAGGGUGACCAUCGGAGAGGGCAGCCACCCAGAGAAUGUGAAGGUGUACGGUCCAGGUGUGGAGAAGUCAGGUCUGAAGGCCAACGAGCCCACCUACUUCACUGUGGACUGCAGCGAGGCAGGACAAGGGGAUGUCAGUAUUGGCAUAAAGUGUGCACCCGGCGUGGUGGGUCCGGCAGAGGCAGACAUCGACUUUGACAUCAUCAAGAACGACAACGACACGUUCACAGUGAAGUACAUGCCCCCCGGCCCCGGACGCUACACCAUCAUGGUGCUGUUCGCUGACCACGAAAUACCCAUCAGCCCUUUCAGGAUCAAGGUGGACCCCUCCCAUGACGCUAACAAGGUGAGGGCGGAGGGACCCGGACUCAACAAGACAGGUGUGGAGGUAGGUAAGCCCACCCACUUCACCAUCUACACCAAGGGAGCGGGCAAGGCCAAGCCUGAAGUGCACUUCACCGGAGCAGCCAAAGGGGAUGCCGUUCGAGACUUUGAGAUCAUUGACAACCAUGACUAUUCCUACACCGUGCGCUACACUGCAGUGCAACAGGGUAACAUGUCUAUCUCAAUCUGCCACGGCGGUGACCCCAUUCCCAAGAGCCCCUUCAACAUCACUGUGGCUCCGCCCCUUGACCUCAACAAGGUCAAAGUUCAGGGGUUGAACAACAAGGUUGACGUUGGGAAGGAUCAAGAGUUCACAGUGAGCACGCAUGGCGCUGGUGGCCAGGGCAAGUUGGAUGUGAAGAUCACCUCGCCCUCCCGUCGGCCAAUCCCCUGCAAGCUGGAGUCUGACACGGCCAACGAAGUGCACACUGUGAAGUACAUUCCCCCUGAGGAGGGACCCUACAAAGUGGACAUCAGCUAUGAUGGGAACCCUGUGCCUGGGAGCCCCUUCACUGUGGAGGGAGUGAUGCCCCCUGACCCCUCAAAGGUGCGUGCCUAUGGCCCAGGCCUCCAGGGGGGCAUGGUGGGCAAGGCGGCCCCCUUUGCCAUUGACACCAAGGGUGCGGGCACCGGCGGGCUGGGCCUGACCGUGGAGGGGCCAUGCGAGGCCAAGAUCGAGUGCCAGGACAACGGCGAUGGCUCCUGCUCUGUCUCCUACCUGCCCACAGAGCCCGGCGAAUACGCCAUCAACAUCCUGUUUGCCGAGCAGCACAUCCCCGGCUCCCCCUUCAAGGCCAUGGUACAGUCCGUGUUUGACCCUAGUAAGGUCACGGCCAGUGGGCCAGGCCUGGAGAGAGGCAAGGUCAACGAGGCAGGGUCGUUCGUAGUGGACUGCUCCAAGGCCGGGGACGCCGAGCUGACCAUUGAGAUUAUUUCCGAUUCGGGGUCGAAGGCGGAGGUGCGUGUUCAGAACAACAGUGAUGGGACCUAUUCUAUCACCUACACCCCACAGUUCCAUGGCAUGUAUACUAUCACCAUUAAAUACGGGGGGCACGCCGUGCCCAAGUUCCCCGCCCGUGUGCAGGUGGACCCAGCCGUGGAUACCAGCGGGGUGAAGGUGUACGGACCAGGAGUGGAACCCAGAGGGGUCCUGAGGGAGGUGACCACCCAUUUCAUCGUGGAUGCCCGUGCCAAGAGCAAGACCGGGGGCAGCCAUGUCAAGGCCCGCAUCGUCAACCCUUCAGGCGCCAACACAGACGCCUACAUCACUGACAAGGGAGAAGGCACCUACAGAGUGGAAUACGCUGCCUACGAGGAUGGGAUGCACCUGAUUGAGGUGCUGUAUGAUGAUGUGGCGGUGCCUAACAGUCCGUUCCGUGUCCCGGUAACGGAGGGUUGUGACCCCAGCCGUGUCAGAGCCUACGGCCCUGGUCUAGAGGAGGGCCUGGUCAACAAACCCAACCGCUUCACCGUGGAAACCAGGGGUGCUGGUACAGGGGGUCUGGGCCUGGCCAUCGAGGGUCCGUCAGAAGCUAAGAUGUCCUGUAAGGACAAUAAAGAUGGCAGCUGCAGUGUGGAGUACAUCCCGUUCACCCCGGGAGACUAUGAUGUCAACAUUACCUUCGGAGGCUUGCCCAUCCCAGGGAGUCCCUUCCGUGUGCCAGUGAGAGAGCUGGUAGACCCAAGUAAGGUGAGGUGUUCAGGUCCAGGGCUGGGUAGUGGAGUCAGAGCCCGUGUUCCUCAGACCUUCACCGUGGACACCAGCAAGGCUGGCCUCGCCCCUCUGGGAGUGGUGCUGUACGGACCUACUGGAGUGGCUGAGCCAGUGAACAUCACCGAUAAUGGAGACGGAACACACACAGCGACCUACACCCCGGCCAAGGACGGCCCGUACACCGUGUGUGUGAAGUACGCUGACCAGGAGGUUCCUCGCAGUCCGUAUAAGAUCAAGACAUUGCCUGCUCAUGAUGCCAGUAAGGUGCGUGCCAGUGGGCCAGGUUUGAAUGCCCAGGGUGUGCCUGCCAGCCUGCCUGUGGAGUUCACCAUCGAUGCCCGCGAUGCUGGCGAAGGCCUGCUCACUGUGCAGAUACUGGACCCAGAAGGCAAGCCGAAAAAGGCCAACAUCCGUGACAACAGAGAUGGGACGUACACAGUGUCCUAUGUACCAGACAUGGCAGGGCGCUACACCAUCACCAUCAAGUAUGGAGGAGAUGAGAUUCCCUACUCACCCUAUCGUAUCCAUGCCCUGCCCACUGGAGAUGCCAGCAAGUGUCUGGUCACAGUUUCCAUUGGAGGACAUGGAUUGGGUUCAGGCCUCGGACCCACCAUCCAGAUCGGCGAGGAGACCGUCAUCACCGUGGACGCAAAAGCUGCUGGGAAGGGGAAGGUGACCUGUAAGGUGUCGACGCCAGAUGGGGCGGAGCUAGACGUGGACGUGGUGGAGAAUUCCGACGGAACGUUUGACAUCUAUUACACGGCUCCGGAACCCGGGAAAUACGUCAUCACCAUCCGCUUUGGAGGAGAACACAUUCCAAACAGCCCCUUCCACGUGGUGGCCAGUGAUACCGUCCCUAUAAUAGAGGAACCGUGUGACAAGCUCCAGUUACAACAGCCCUACCAGGCCUACCAGGGCUACCCCCCUCACUGGGCCACAGAGGAGCCAGUCACCACCGGCGAUAUCAUGGAGCCUAUGCUCCGCCCCUUCAACCUGGUCAUUCCGUUCACCGUUCAGAAGGGAGAGAUCACAGGUGAGGUACGUAUGCCCUCAGGUAAGACAGCCCGUCCUAACAUCACAGACAACAAGGAUGGGACAGUCACAGUGAAGUACGCCCCUACAGAGAAAGGCCUGCACGAGAUGGACAUCAAAUAUGAUGGAAACCACAUCCCAGGAAGUCCCCUCCAGUUCUAUGUAGAUGCCAUCAAUAGUGGUCAUGUGACAGCCUAUGGUCCUGGUCUGAGUCACGGCAUGGUCAACAAACCUGCCACCUUCACCAUCGUCACCAAGGAUGCAGGGGAAGGUGGUCUGUCCCUGGCAGUGGAGGGUCCCUCUAAGGCAGAGAUCAACUGUAAGGACAACAAGGAUGGAACCUGUACUGUGUCCUACCUUCCCACUGUGCCAGGAGACUACAACAUCAUCGUCAAGUUUGACAACAAACACAUCGCCGGCAGCCCCUACACUGCCAAGAUCACAGGAGAUGACACUAUGAGGACAUCCCAGCUCAACGUUGGCACGGCAACAGACGUGUCAUUGAAGAUCUCAGAGACAGACUUGACCAGCCUGACAGCGAGCAUCAGAGCACCGUCGGGCAACGGACCCUGCCUCCUCAAGAGACUGCCCAAUCGACACAUCGGUAUCUCAUUCACUCCUAAGGAGGUAGGGGAGCAUGUUGUGAGUGUGAAGAAGAACGGGACGCACGUGACCAACAGCCCCUUCAAGAUUAUGGUGGGCCAGUCAGAGAUCGGGGACGCCAGCAAGGUCAAGGUGUUUGGCCAGGGACUGGUGGAGGGACACAUCUUUGAGGUGGCUGAGUUCAUAGUUGACACCAGGAACGCAGGUUAUGGUGGUCUGGGUCUGUCUAUUGAGGGUCCCAGUAAGGUGGAUAUUAACUGUGAGGAUGUGGAGGAUGGUACCUGUAAGGUGACCUACUGUCCCACUGAACCAGGAAAUUACAUCAUCAAUAUCAAGUUCGCCGACCAGCACAUUCCAGGAAGUCCUUUCACAGUGAAGGUGUGUGGUGAGGGCAGGGUGAAGGAGAGCAUCACCAGGAAGAGACAUGCUCCAUCCAUUGCUACUGUGGGCAGCACCUGUAACCUCAACCUCAAAAUACCAGGUAAUUGGUUCCAGAUGGUGUCGGCCCAGGAGCAGCAUACGCGCACGUUCACGCGCAGCAGUCACACGUACACGCGAACGGAGUGCACAGAGAUUAGUAAGACAAGGGCGGGGGAGACCAAGCGGGAGGUGCGCGUGGAGGAGAGUACCCAGGUCGGGGGAGACCCCUUCAGGGACGUGUUUGGAGAGUUCCUGGGGAGUCAGAGUCUCACAGGCUUCAGUGGGAUUCCAGCCACUACCAGACAGUCUCAAGAGGGUGACCAGGGGACCCAGGAGAUGACGGCCCAGGUGACCAGUCCGGGGGGUAAGACGGAGGACGCAGAGAUCAUCGACGGCGAGGACAGCACCUACAGCGUCCGCUUCAUCCCCCAGGAGAUGGGUCCCCACACGGUCAACGUCAAGUACCGGGGCCAGCACGUCCCCGGGAGCCCCUUCCAGUUCACUGUGGGGCCCCUGGGAGAGGGAGGGGCACAUAAGGUCCGGGCUGGGGGCACGGGGCUGGAUAGAGGAGUGGCAGGAGUGGCAGCUGAGUUUAGUAUCUGGACCAGAGAGGCUGGAGCAGGGGGUCUGUCCAUCGCUGUAGAGGGGCCCAGUAAGGCAGAGAUCACCUUUGAAGACAGGAAGGAUGGAUCCUGUGGAGUGGCCUAUGUGGUGCAGGAACCAGGUGACUAUGAGGUGUCCAUUAAGUUUAAUGAUGAGCACAUCCCAGACAGUCCCUUUAUAGUCCCCAUCACCACUCUGUCUGAUAACGCACGCCGCCUUACUGUCACCAGCCUACAGGAGAUGGGAUUGAAGGUGGGCCAGGAGGCGUCGUUCGCGGUGCAGUUGAACGGGGCGAGGGGGUUGAUAGAUGCUAAGGUUCACACCCCGUCCGGAGCCGUAGAGGAGUGUUAUGUUACGGAGCUGGACAGCGACCAGCACGCCAUCCGGUUUAUCCCGAGGGAGAACGGAGUCCACUCCAUCGAAGUGCGUUUCAACGGGAGCCACAUUCCCGGUAGUCCCUUCAAGAUCCGCGUGGGAGAGAUUGGACAGGUCGGAGACCCGGGAAUGGUGUCUGCCUUCGGACCUGGGCUGGAAGGAGGAACCACAGGCGCGGCAUCAGAUUUUGUAGUGAACACGUGUAAUGCGGGGUCGGGUGCUCUGUCAGUGACCAUCGAUGGGCCGUCCAAGGUCAAGAUGGACUGUCAGGAUUGUCCCGAGGGUUACAAGGUCACCUACACACCCAUGGCCCCCGGCAGCUAUCUCAUCACCAUCAAAUACGGAGGACCAUCCCACAUCGUAGGCAGCCCCUUCAAGGCUAAAGUCACAGGUGCUCGUCUCUCUGGGGGUCACAGUCUACAUGAAACUUCGUCCGUACUUGUGGAGACAGUAACCAAGUCGUUGUCGUCGUCAUCGUCGAUGGGUGUGGCCUAUGGCCCUAAGUUCUCUUCGGAUGCCAGUAAGGUGGUCUCCCGGGGCGCCGGCCUAUCAAAGGCCUUUGUAGGGCAGAAGAACACCUUCACAGUGGACUGCAGCAAUGCAGGAACUAACAUGUUGAUGGUGGGGGUACAUGGACCCAAGACCCCGUGUGAAGAGGUCUAUGUUAAACAUCUGGGAAACAGGAUGUACAACGUCACCUACACCGUCAAAGAACAGGGCAACUACAUCCUCAUCGUCAAAUGGGGGGAUGAAAAUGUCCCCGGCAGCCCCUUCCAUGUCACCGUCCCCUAAGACUCAUCCAUCCCUUGUACAACCCCCUGCUGUAUCCCAGAAUGGACUAGUCCAACACCCCCACAGACACACUAAAGAUGCAAAGACUUUUUCAGUCUGUCCGGAGGGUGGGGGUGGGGGUGGGGGUAAUUUACCCAUCAUGCAUUGUGCCACAUUUCUCUGAUAACUCAUCCAGGCGACAUCGCAAAAUCUGAGGUGCCAAUCAUCCGAUGUCUGCGCCGCCCCACCAACUAGUCACCCUGUUGCUGUUUACUUUCAAUGAGAGGGAAUGUACAAAGAGGUCAAAUCAUGUUUUCUGUCUGUAUCAGCCUAUGCUAGUAUUUUCAGAGUGCAAACACAGUAUGCAGUCACUACCAUGUGCUUUUUAGCUAGUCCCCCAAUGGUGUCCCACACUGCCUGUACUGGCCUGGUCAAAAUGGCUGCCUUACAUGAGGGAAGAUGGCUGUGACGUCACUGUCUGGGUCACUGACAGACAGAGAGGAGUUAUUUACCUUUAUUUAUUCAGUCCUUUUAUUUUCUUUGACAGAAAAUGGUCUUAUAUUGUUUCAAAGGAGAAGAUUUCUGUCGAUUUUAGAAACUAUUCUCCCUCAUACCGGGCCGUCCUGUGUCAUUACGGGUGUUACCAUGGACACAGAGAUGUGGUUGGCCAAGGAUUUUGUACUGAGGAAGAGGGUACGGCGUAGCAAUCGGUUUAUCGUGUGAAUGUUUAAUUAAGAAGUCCACAGAGAGAUGUUACAGUGGAACAGCAUCAUAGAGUGACAUUUUAUAGUGAUUUUAUAUGUAAGAAAAUGAACAGAAAAAAACUGUUCAUUGUUUGAUAUACUAACCUUCUGUUUGGCAAGGAUGUGCAGCCAUAAUAAAACGUUUAACUGCUGACUUACCACUGAAAAG